CGCUGCAGCCUGCAGCGCGAUGACGUAGUGGAUUAAUCCAACACGUAGUGGAUGUUCAAACACGCAUGCGCAGUGAAUAUUAACCCAUUACGUACCGGACGCUGUUACGCGCAUGCGCGGUAGGGUGUUUGGUGACUUAAGCUUGCGCAAUAGUGUUGGUGAGCGAUCGCACGUGUUUUGAUCUUUCAACAAAAAUUGUAUAAAGAUGAAUGUCUUUAAAAAGGACAGUUGUCCCGUAAUUUCAAGAUGCACACGGUGCUGUGACCAGUAUCACUGUCCUUUUUGUGAGACGUACAAAACCAUAUCACAACUGUCCAUUGAUAACCAUGUAGAGAAUCAUCUAAAAUUGGCAGUACAUCAUGACGAUUUUGUCAUUGUUAAGUGCAAUUUAAACUGUAGAGAAAAUUCACAUUUCCACUGCUGUUAUUGUCCUGCUACAGUAAUAAGAAAAGUGCAGUUAAUUACUCAUCUUAAAAAAUGUAAACAAAUGUUGCCUAUUCCUGGCCAGCAAGCUCAAUGUACACUUCCGCAUAGUCCACCAGCCACUGCUCCACCAGCACAGACCUCUCAUGUCAUUACACAGGCGCCUCCCCUGUCAUGCCCCAUGGUUAUCCAAACAUCAUCAUCUCCAGUUACAUCAGUCACAAUGUUUCAGUCUCCACCAACGUCACAGUCUUGGACAAGUCCAUUAUGUCAAUCUUUGCAACCUGGGACAAUGUGCCCUCAUUCUGAAGCUCCAUUUCCUCUUUCUGCAUCCACCCAAGUACUUCCAUCUCCGACUCUUGCCUCUGCCCAUGUUCCACCAGAACAACCAAAGGUAAAACAUCCUCAAGCAAAGAAGAGGAAAAUCAAAUGUGAUCAUUGUGAUAUGGAGUUGAAUAAAAAGAACUUGCGUGUUCACAUUAGAAGAAAGCACACUAUAGUUAAAGAGGCAGUCACAUUGGAACGACAUUUACUUUGCCAGUGCAUUGACAGUAAGCAUGGCAUUUUUGCAGUGGCAAAAUCUUUUAGUGCACCAUCAAUUCCCAUCCAUGUUCAAAAAAAGAUUUGGGGUGUAAAUGACAAAGUUAUGUGUGAGCUAGACCAAUGCAAUACCAGUGCUGAAUUUGCACAAAGGAGUGGCCUGAAGCCAUUUGAGUGCUGCCAUCUCAUGUCCUUAGCUUUCUGUCCCAAAGAUGAUGGCAAUUCUGUUAAUCUUGACGAGGAAACCCUAACAGAGAUGGUGAAAGAAAAGUGGUUUGGGGAAAGAAGGAAAGCUGCAUGCAUCGAAAGACAAUGCAUGGCAAACAAAGAAGAUGUGCCACUUUCUGUAGUGAUCACAUUUGCUGGGCCCUCAACAAAAAGAUAUAUAUCAGUGUUUGAGCCAACAAUGUCUUAUUACUGCAGACUUGGAAGAGUGACUGUUGUAUAUGACAGUAAAAAGAUCACAUGGGCCUGUCCUUGUAAUACAACAAAACAGUCAUGUAUUCACAAAGCAAUAGCUAAAUGGCAUUUAUUUCAAUGUCAGAGAGCUCUUUUCCAGAAGGUGAAGACCACCGAAAGGAUUGAUUCUAUGCAGAUACCUCAACAGCAGUCUGAGAGUGUAGAUGACAGUAGUGAUCGUCAGUACCCACCUAAUGAUGAUGGAAUAGAGAGGAUGGUGCGCUAUUUGAUGAAAAAUAAAUCUCUACCUGUAGACCUUCCUCAAAAUUUGACUAGUGGUCUACAACAUGGUAGUGAAUUAAGACACCAACUAAUACCUGAAGAAACAUUCUGCUCCGAAUGUGAGGGUAGUCAUGUUCUAAGUGACCCUAUUAUUAUAACCUCACGAGCAAAGAUUCUGACCUUUACUGGGGUAGUUGAAGGAAUUUCAACUUACUACAAAGUAUGUAGCAACUGCAGCAUGAUGUACAGGUACCAGGAAUUUACUGAUGGUAUCCAUAACUUCAAUGACCAUCUUUUGCUUUCUCUACACUUGUGUGUAAUUCUACGCAAUGCUCUUCAGAAUCACACUGCUGUUAGCAGAGUAAUGAGCAUACUAGAAGCCACUGCCAAAGUAAAAUUCCCCAAAGACAUAGUGCUCCAUGGUUACCUCCACUUUGAAGCCUUAAGCAGCCAUGUUUAUUCUUACACCUGCAUCAAUUGUGGUUAUCACCCCAAAGUGGUGAUCAUGGAUCUCCACAAGAAAGGUGUAUUCACUAUUCCCUUCAGUGAAAUAGCCACACCACCAUCAGAAUUUAAGGGUGAUACAAACAUUGUCUCUUUUUGGGAAUCCAUAACAAUGGAAAUGAUUGGCCGGGGAUUUCUUUCAAGUGGCAGGAAAAAUCCCUUUGUAGUUUGCCCAAGUUAUGAUUUCUGGGCUCCUUGGAUUGGACCUAAUACCCGGAAGUCAGACAUUGUUCUAAAUACUGAGCAUGCAAAACUACAAAAAACAAAGUCCUGUGAUGUUCCAGAUCUUGAUGUCACAGAGGAAAGGCUAGGUGAUGAGCUCUUUAAUGUUAAGGUUGAUGCAGUGAGGAAGCUGUGCAAAGAAUGUGGAUUGGACACAAAGGGAUCAAGGAUGGAUCUUGUGUUACGUUUGCGAACAGAGAUGCAAAACCGCUCAGCAUAUGACAAAAUCUUCCAGCAGAUUUGGGGUGCUUCUGGUGGCUGGGCAGUCAUUAUGUGUCCAUGUGGAAUAGUGUAUUCAAUCAAAUUCAACAUAAGAGCAGAAUCUCCCAGAGACUUUGCAGACUUGCUGCUGAGUUGGAAGCACUUUCCUAAUGUUGUUAUAUACGACUUUGCUAGAGGACUUGCUGCACAUGUUAAUCUUCGUGAAGCAGAUUCCCUACCUUUCAGUCCCCACGAAGGGAGACUUGCUGCACCAACUACAGCAAAUAUCCAGCUAGCAAAAGAAGGCAAGCUCAAGGUUAAUCUUCCAUGGUUGAAAAAUAAGAAGGAGGAUGAGAAUACCAACUGCCAUCCUUUGACUGGAUCAUCAGAGCAUUAUGCUUUGUAUGAUAAGUUCCAUGAAUUUAACACCAAAGACCCAAGAGAUGCUCUUCGACGAGUCCAAGUAGUCCCAGAACUUUGUGGAUGGGUAAAUACUCAAACUGCAGAACAACUCUUUGCUGCAAUGCGCAAAAACAACUAUUUUCUGAACAUGCUCACGCCAUCAGGACACACGUUUUUGAUGCGCAACAUCAUUCACCAUUAUAACACAGCACAGAAUAAGAACAUGGAGGACAGUCUAAGAAAAGUUGUAUCACCAAGUGAUCAGUUAACCUUCAAUGUUUAUGGUCAGAUAGUUCUUGGUACGGCUCCACAGUCCCUUAAUGAUAGUGAGGGACUCUCAUGUGAUAUUCUACAAAAAGACCCAGUAAAACCCAGCCCUACCCAGGGUUCAGGCCCUACCCAGGGUUCAGGCCCUACACAGGGUUCAGGCCCUACACAGGGUUCAGGCCCUACACAGGGUUCAGGCCCUACACAGGGUUCAGGCCCUACACAGGGUUCAGGCCCUACACAGGGUUCAGUGAUUGACAUGACAGCUCUACAAAAUGUCCAGCCAAACAGAGCAUGCUGGAUGCAUCCACACACCAGUGACCAAAUAAAGAUGAUAAAUAAUGCUUUAAAUGAAAAGGAAUCUGAAAAACAAUUUUUGGCUCAAGUAGAAACAAUUGUUUUGGACCGAUCAGAUUUUAUGACUUUGGGAAAUCCAAAUAAUGUUGAAGGGACUAUUUUGAAUGCCUGCCUUGCAGUCGUCAGGGAUAUUGCUGACUUAAAGAACAUAAAGGUCCAUUGCUUUAACUCGUAUGUGACCAGGACAUGGGCGCCACCAUAUUGUGCAGACCCUUCAGCUAACUUACCUGACAACAUAGCCAGAUGUGACUAUAUCUUACUGCCUUCCUGUGCAUCAAACCACUGGAUGAUAUGUAUCAUGAAACCAAAAUGCAGAGAGAUGUUUUUGCUUGACUCACUGCACGGCACGGGCAUCAGCGAUUCUCGUUACAUUGAUUCCUACAGAAUACUUGCACAGGAACUACAUCCUGGGCCGUGGAAAGAAUAUGGACGUAAUGAUCUCAGCGGUGCUCCAAGGCAGAUUUGGUCAAAUAACUGUGGAGUGUUUGUGUUGAUGGUAGGAAGAUUUCUUUGA